AUGGGCAAAGACAUCGACACUAAAUGGGUACAAUGGCUCGCCAGUCGCAAGAAUCGAGCCACUAGCUAUUUUACUUUGGUUUCCGCAACUCCAGAUGAGCAACAAACACAUCGCCAGGGCUGGCUACACACACCUUCUCCAUCAAUGGACUCCUCAUGGGUGACUUGGCUCUUCCACAAGAAGCAAGCCUCGAAGUACCGGAUGACUGAAAAUGGAGAGGUCGAUUUGAAUAAGCAGACUACUUUGUCAGAGCUGCAAUUGAUAAAUACGGCUCCUGCAUCUGUUUCAAGGCUUGAAUCCCUCUGUUUCCCUUUCCACGCGUUUAUGAACGCCGAAAGCCUUCCCGCGGUUUCCAAUGAGCCUUCAGUUGAUUUACACACCGGUAUGGAUUUGGAUUUCGAUUUAGAGUAUGCGGUUGAAAUUAUGGAUUACUGA